AUGGGUCAAAAGCGGGGAAUGAGAAAAUACGAAGAAUACGAAGAAUACGAAGAAUACGAAGAAUACGAAGGGAAAAAGGAAGGAAGUAGCUUGGCGCAUAUAAGGUGCGUCCAAGAGACUUGGCGUGUCGUCACACUACUUUCCCGUCCGAAAAAAGCUCGUCUUCGAGCGUCCAUCUAUUGCCUUAUCACUACUCAAGUGAUCGUAGUUAUUAAUACCGUCCGAAUAGGCCUUGAUCUACUCGAAGAGCUUCGCAAAAAGGCCGAAGAGCUCUUUUUCGCUAGUGAUAUUAAUCAAGUCAGGUUCAAGAAUGAUUUGCUCGAAGAGCUUGAGUUUGAAGCUGCUAUAAACGUUGUCGGUAACCUCGAACGCGCGCUAAAGGUGCUCUUUAGCGAGGUUUUAAGCUUCGAGGUGGCGGUUAGCGUAAGCGCGAGCUUCGUCUUGGUUGAGCUUGCGAAAAGGGAUUUAGUCGUCAAGUCGUUCCAAGCUCCAAUUCCAGGUGGUCCGGAAGGCGUAGCCGUGAAUUACUUCAAAAGGAGAAAGGCCGCCGAAAGAGUCGUGAAAGAGCGUCAAUUAAGCGAAGUCCAUUAUAAAGAGGAACUCGCUCUAAUCGUCUUAGUAGUAGCUUACGAAAGGACGGAGGCGCUUUUGCAAGUACUAGUUAUAGAUUUCGGUCUGACCGUUAGUCUUAAGAUAUGCGGCGGUGUUAAAAGUCAAUUUGAUGCCGAGGAUUUUAUUGAAUUCUUUCUAGAACUUAAACCAGUAUUAAAGUCCUCUAUCAAAAGUCAGCGUCAAAAGAGCUCUAAAAUACUUGUAGAUAUAAUAGAUAUAAAGCUUGGCGAAGCCUUUAGCAUCGAUAGACUUAUAAUAAAAGAUCGAGAUUGCUUGCUUAAAGAAGCGGUCGAUUAUUACAAAGACGUUAUCGUAGCCGUAUUUGUCUUUAUUAAAGCUAUAAAAAUCCAUAAUAACGUGCUUUUAAAAGCGCGAAAAGAUCGAGAGAAGUUAAAGCAAGCUAGGUUUCUUAUCGCGAAGCAUUGA